UUUUUUAGGGGUAGGGGUAUUACCGUCGUUUUGUCUCUCCCUGCCCUGUUCAAAUUCCCAAAACCCUAUUGGUGGAGAGAGAGCAAAGGUGGAUAUGGAAGAGGAAGGAAAAGCACUAUUGGUGUCGUGAGGGAUAGAGCGCAAUAGUGGAUAUGGAAACGGAAGGAAAAACCCUAGAAACCUCAGCAAGUCCUUGCCACCAAAUCACCAAUGGAGAAGGCCAAACCGACCAGACUCAGAAGAUUUCUGACUACGAGCAAUCCAGAGAAGAAAGAAUAAAAGAGAACCUUCAACGAAUGCAAAAGCUGGGAAUUGUUGACCUCUCUCUCCAAGUGAAGUCCUUUCUCACUCCCAAACGGCCCCCAAAAAAUUCAUCUAACCGGAAACCUCUACGUCCAUCUCCGCUGCCUCCUUCCGAGCCCCCUCGCCGAUCUUCCAGAUUACAGAAUGUGACACCAGUUAGCUACUCGGAAGAGCCUAUAUUGAAGAGAAAAAGAUCUUCAGAAGAUGAGGGUAUUUUCCUAAAAGAAGGUCCUAAACCAGAGUUUUACACAGAAGAGCACGAGGAGUUGUUGGGUAGCACUGAAAGGAGCUGGGAACUUUUUGUGGAUGGGUGUGGGAAUGAUGGAAAACGAAUAUACGAUUCAAUAAAAGGAAAAACUUGCCAUCAGUGCAGGCAGAAAACUCUUGGUCUUCGUACUCAUUGCUCCCAGUGCAACAUGGUCCAAGGACAGUUUUGUGGAGAUUGUUUGUAUAUGAGAUAUGGGGAGCAUGUACUAGAAUCCAAUGAAAAUCCAAAUUGGAUUUGCCCUGUCUGUCGUGGGAUUUGUAACUGCAGCUUGUGUCGAACUGCAAAAGGUUGGCCUCCAACUGGCCCUCUCUAUAAGAAGAUUACAAAGCUGGGCUUCCGAUCAGUUGCACAUUAUCUCAUUCAAACCCGACGCUCACAGACAAACAUAGAGAAAGAUCAAGGUUCUCAGAGGUCACUGCCUUUUCCAGAUAUGUCCUUACCACCUGAGAGUAAGGAAUCUCCUGAGGUCAAUGAUGACCACAUUGAGUCACCACUAGCUGAGAAUGAGGAAUCUCCCAAGGUCUUUGAUGACCACAUUGGGUUACCACUAGCUGAGAAUGAGGAAUUUCCCAAGGCUGAUAAGGUUCAGCUUGGUUUACCAAAGCCUCAGUCUGAAGACAAAAAAGUUGAUGAACACAAUAGUGAGAAAGAAAAUGACGCGCAUUUUUCAGAUGACAAACAUGACAAUAGCAGUAUUACACUGGAAAGUAGCCCAAAGGUUAAAAGGAAGCCUGCUUUUGCCACUGGACCAAGCCCAGAUAGUAUUUCUCUGAGAUUAAGGCAGAGGAAGCAUAACAAAAGCUAUGUUCAAUCAAGUAAGAAGAGUGAGGAAGCUUUGGAUCUGAAGCCCUCAGACAGUAUUGCCGGAAGAUUGAGGUCUAGACGCAAAACAACAUGAAGCUGGGUAAUCUCAUUCACUCUUUUGUGAGCAAAGUCCAAGUUCAACUUUUCUUUGACUGCUUGAAAUCGUAUAAGUACUUGUCCUUAAAUCUAGUGUACAACAUUUUGUCUCAAUCAGAAUGUCAGGACUUUGGUGUUUCUUCUU